AUGCAAAACUGCACAAAACCUUCAUUCCAUAACAAUCAAUCAUUCCUACAGAAGGUCAGCAUCAAGGGAAAUCAAACGGACGAGAAUGGACAGUCACUGCAUGAGGAUGUCAAGCUUUGGAUGUGUGAUCCUGUGGAGUGCAUCAAAGAUCUUAUUGGAAAUCCUUUAUUCAAGGAACAUAUGGACAAAGCAGGCAGUCAGCAGCUCAUUGAUGAUAUGUGGAUGGUUGAUUGGUGGUGGGACAAGCAAAAAGAACUACCUGAAGGAGCCACCAUAGCUCCCAUCAUUCUGGCUUCUGACAAGACAAUGUUAUCACAAUUUCAAGGUGACAAAUCUGCAUGGCCUGUUUACCUGUCAAUUGGCAAUAUUGCAAAGGAGAAACAACGUCAAACAUCAACACAUGUGACAGUGCUGAUUGGGUACCUACCAGCCAUAAAGCUCGACUGCUUCACCUCCAAUGCAUGCUGGAUACUGACUAUUCUAUACUGUUUGUCCCUGCUGCUGGAGCCCCUCAUUGCAGCUGUAUACCCUAUACUUGCCGCCUAUGUUGCAGAUUUCUCUGCACAGUGCCUGGUUGCUUGCUGUAAAGAGAACUGUUGCCCUAAAUGUUUGGUUGCAGCCGAUGAGCGGUUGCUACAGUGGGGCAACCCACUAAAUUCGGUGAUGCAAGACCUGGAGUUGACAAAGGAGAUACUGGAGAGACGGAGGAGUGGUCAGCACCCUGUAGAAUUUGAUGAGUAUGGGCUGCACACCGUGUAUAAACCUUUUUGGGCAAACUUACCACACACCGACAUUUUUAUGGUGUUCACGCCAGAUCUCCUCCACCAACUUCAUAAAGGGGUCUUCAAAGACCAUCUUGUCAAAUGGUGCCUCGACAUCGUGGGCAACGACAAAAUCAACACUCACUUCAAGACCAUUCCAGACUAUCCCAGUCAUCAACAUUUUAAGAAAGGGAUAUCCAACAUCAAACAAUGGACAGGAACUGAGCAUAAGGAGAUGCAAUGCAUUUUCAUGGCACUAAUUACCUUUGUCAUUGUCGCAUGGUCCAUACUGGAUUUUUGCUAUUACGCACAACUUCAUACACAUACAAGCGAAUACCUGGAUGGUCUGGAGAAUGCACACACAGUAUUUCAUGUAAACAAGGAUGUUUUAAAGGAACUCACAGUGCGCAAACAUUUCAAUAUUCUGAAGUUGCAUCAAUUGUCUCACUACAUUCAGUCAAUCAAAUUGUUUGGAGCUGCCAAUGGAUUCAACACUGAACUCCCUGAGCACCUACACAUCAACUUUGCUAAAGGGGCUUACCAUGCAAGUAACAAGUGUGACUACAAGGAACAAAUGGAAGCAAUCUUCUGGUGGACCUCUUACCUUGAAUGGGUGGCCAAAUGUGCUGCUCAGACAGAACAUGAAUGUGAGUAUAACUCUGACUCUGAUGCCAAGAAUGAGGACUUUGAUAUGGUGCCUGUUGUUUUACAAGAUAUAGUUCAUGUUCUAGCGAAGACACUUCCACACCCUCAGCAAUCUGUUCAACAUCUUGAAAUCAUGCAUGGUGCCACUGAUUUUCUACCUGCUUUCAAGUCAUUUUUACAGAAGAAUUUCCCACACAAUCGCAUUGUGCUCAGUUAUCAAGAUUAUUUUGAUGUUUUCCAACAAGUCGUCAUCAUCCUUCCCCCUGACCCUCAUGUCCAAGUCACCCAAGUGCCUGCAGUUGCACAGGUCCAUGUAAUAUUCAUGCUGCCUCAUCAAUUUGGCAUGUACUCGCGACCCCUUGCCUACAUUGAAUGGUUCACACUAUUCAGAGAGGCAGACCAGACAACUGGUCUGCAUCAAGUCACACAUUCAACUCAUUGCUUGUGUCAGAAUGGGGCCGUGAUACAUGUUGAUGAAAUUAUUCGUCCAUUCAAUCCUACAUGUAUGAGCAUGAUGAACAUGUAUGAGUUGGUGAGUGAAUUUUACUUGAAUACAUUCAUUGACCUCGAGACUUCUUGUAUGUCCACUAUGAUUACUUAG